AUGGCCUCGUCUAUCUCAUGGGGAUCACCAGUCACCCCGCCAUAUGAUCAUUAUAGCCAGAACUCCGUGGGUUUGUUUGAACCUAGCUCAAAGCAGAGCCCGUCCUCGGCCUCCCUACCUGUCCCUGCCAUGAUGCUAUCACCUCCUCCGACCCCCCGGGGCUCCCGCCCGAAGAAACUGUCGAUGAAACUGAGGAGCAACUCGGGCCUGUCGUUGCACACGAAUGAGGACGCGUUUCGCCAAUAUACCGACUACAACCCCGACGGGUCCCCGAGAUCCCCGACGUUUGGGUCAAAUAUGUGGACCAGCCUCAAUGGUGUCUCGACGAGCUUGCGCCGCAACUUUGGACCGACUGUAGUGGAACCCCAGCCCGAGGUUUGGCCCGUACCGGACUUCCUCGGCCGUGAGCUUUUUCAGAUGGUCCUCAACAACGCCACUACCUCGCAGCGCCUUUUUCAGUUUGCCCAGCGUUCCGGCUACGGGCCCGACGUCGAAUACCUCCUGCGGAUCCAGGAGUACUCCAAGGCCCUGGCCCAGUUAGGGAAGCAGGUCGGCAUGGUGCCCACGCCGCGCAGCCUCCCGCCAACAGUUUCCAAGUCCCUCAACGCCGACAUGAAGCAGCUGACCGGCACCGUCCUCCCCGGCCUCGAGAUGCUCUUCACCGAGUCGACGCGCUGCGUGGAGACCAGGGUCGCGCGGACGGUGUAUCCGGCCUUCGUGAAGCAUCAGAUCGUCAACUGCACGUCGGCAUCUUUAAACGGCGCCCACGGCUGUUCCGCAUAUCCCGGCCUUGCCGAGGCUUUCUGCAUCGUAGAUGUCCUCACCCCCGACCAGACGAUCACCGCAGCAUCAGACGCCUUCGUCUCGGUGACGGGGUACCCGAGGCCCGAGGCUCUGUCGCGAAACUGCAGGUUUCUGCAAGGGACGCUGACGGACAAGAGCACCGUCAAACGCGUUCGGGACAGCAUGUUGCGGCAAGAGGAGUCGUUGGAGCUCAUCCUCAACUAUACACGAGACGGUACCCCAUACUGGAAUUUGCUUUUUACCUGCCCGUUGCUGGACUCCGCCGGCAAGAUACGUUACUACCUCGGAGGACAGAUUGAUGUUUCGAAUGGUGUCGGCGAGCCCAAGGACCUCAUCCGGAUCCUAAAUUCCGGGCCCGCCUCAGACGAGGCAAAGGUGGAAACGUCGGGUCGAGAGUCUCGGGUCAGCCGCCGGAUGAGCCGCGGCAGCAGCCAAGAAAGGAGGCACGAGCGGCGGAGGAGCCUGCGCAACCAGGACAGCCUGCAACAGAACAAGGGUAGGAAGAGCCUCUUCCAGCCCUUCCGGAAGCACGCGGCGCACAGCUCCGAGAGCCAGGAGAACCCGUCGCCGUCGCCGGGCGUCGGCCUAGGCGUUGACCCCGAGAGCCUACCGAGGGGCUCGAGCUCGGAGGAGCAACUGUCUGUGUCGGCCCAUGUCGAUUCCGUCUAUCCCGCUUACAGCCGUCUGAUCAUCGUGCAGAACACCGACUGCCUCCCUGGGUUCCCGCCCCGGUCUUCAUCCCUGCCCGCCGACCCGGCCAGGAGGAAGGUUGCGCCGCUGAGCGUGGCGUUUUGCUCGGCCGCGGCACUCGACGCCCUCGGCAUCCGCCAUCUCGCCGACAGCAUCGCGCACCGCGACAUCUUCAAGGUGCUGUCGGAGGAGGCGGACUCGCCGUCCAUCACGAAGAGCUUCAAGAGCACGGUCCGCGAUCGCAUCGUCCGUGACGGCAAGUCGGCGACGCUGGACAUCACGCUCGGCGGCGGGUACCUGGGGCGCAAGGGCAGCCUCAUGGGGUUCGGCAGCGGUCGGUCAUCAAAGGACGAUUCCGACACUUGCUCCAAGAGACAGGGGCGGCCUUCCAGUAGAUCGGGAUUUACGGGGCUGGUCGGCGAGACGGGCAAGACAGACAAGUUCACCAGCCACUGGACGCCGCUGAAGAAUGUCGAGGAGAAGGUCGAGUGGAUUAUAGUCAUCAUAACGCCGGUAGUGUGA